AUGCGCACACUAUGGGUUGAUCAGAUAUGCAUCAACCAGUGGGAUAUGGAAGAGAAGGCCAGUCAGGUUGCCUUGAUGCGAGAAAUCUACAGUAAAUGCGCACACUGCAUCCUAUGGCUGGGAGAGAUCCAAUAUGCCGAACAUGGCAUAGAUGAGGCGGACACACACGCAGUAUUUGCGUUCUUUGAAGCUGUGGCCAACAGACCAGCAAUUGGAAACGCAUCAACAGGAGAGGCCCACGACUUGUCUAGUAAAGGUGUCGACCACGAGGAUGGCCUCCCCACGCUCUUCCAAGAAGGUGCCGCAGGCGUGACGGCCCGGAAAGCCUUUGCAGCCUUUGCUAUCGAGAUGCCGCAUGUCACCCCCGAUCUACCGAGUUGGUCAAUCGACUUCGCAUGCUCCAACCGUGUAGGCAAGCGCCAGCUGAAGUGGUGGAAUCACUCGCAUCGAUACAGGCAGUUCUCGGCAGGUGGUAGAAUCGACUGCGGACAAAACCUCGAGAAGGGAGGCUCAGUACCGAAGGUAUCAAGUGAUUGGACAUGUUUAUCCUUACCAGGUCUGCUGGUCGACCAAGUAGAGCAAGUCAACAGCGUGUACGAGGUUUCCGAUGAGGAAUAUCUUGACUAUCGGAAGAUACGGAACGUAAUGUCGGACGCAAGGCAACUAGUGGAAGGACGAGAUAGCUAUAAACGUGAUCCGACACAGUCGUGCGAAGCCCUGUGGCGGACCAUGAGCGGUGAUCUCGUCAUGGCUGAGUAUCCUAUCGAACGAGCGAAAGCAACACACGCUUCGGAAUUUCUCGAGAUCGAACGCGCACUCAACAAUGAAGAAUUCCCGCAACAAGGCCACCAGUCUAAUUAUCCUCCACACGGGAUGAGCGGGCUAUUUGAAUCUCUCUGUGGUAUGGUACCGAAUCAUGCUUUCUUCAUUACAAAGAGAGGUUACCUUGGUAUGGGCCCACCUACUACCUCGCCUGGAGACCAGAUCUGGGUCUUUUAUAACGGCAACGUACCAUUUGUUAUGGGGAAGAAAAACACGGAGAAAAUUGAGAACGGACGUCAUGAGCUUCGUCUUAUUGGAGACGCGUAUGUACAUGGCAUCAUGGACGGUCAAGCUAUCUCAGGCGAGCACGUCACUCAGGUAGCUCACAUUUACUAA